GCAUGCUCCGCGGCCGCCGCAGUUAACCCUUCAGGGCCCAGAGCCGCCCUGCGUCUCGCCCCCGCCCCUUCCUAGCACCCGGCAAGAGAUGGGUGCCCCAUCGGCACACUGUCCUUUGGCCACCUGACAUCAUGCCUCCCAAGAAGGAUGUUCCUGUGAAGAAACCAGCAGGGGCCCCCAUCUCUAAGCCUGCUGCCAAGUCUGCAGCAGGGACCCCUCCAGCCAAGACCAAGGCUGAGCCAGCUGCCCCCCAUGCCCCUGCAAAAGCCCAGGAGCCUCCUGUCGAUCUCUCCAAAGUUGUGAUCGAGUUUAACAAGGACCAGCUGGAGGAGUUCAAGGAGGCCUUUGAGCUGUUUGACCGAACAGGUGAUGGCAAGAUCCUGUACAGCCAAUGUGGAGACCUGAUGAGGGCCCUGGGCCAGAACCCUACCAACGCCGAGGUGCUCAAGGUCCUGGGGAACCCCAAGAGCGACGAGCUGAAGUCCCGACGCGUGGACUUUGAGACGUUCCUGCCUAUGCUCCAAGCAGUGGCCAAGAACCGGGACCAAGGCACAUAUGAGGACUACCUGGAGGGGCUACGUGUGUUUGACAAAGAGGGCAACGGCAAAGUCAUGGGAGCAGAGCUCAGACAUGUUCUGACCACCCUGGGUGAGAAGAUGACAGAGGAAGAGGUGGAGACUGUCCUAGCAGGCCACGAGGACAGCAACGGCUGCAUCAACUACGAGGCCUUCCUGAAGCACAUCCUAAGCCUCUGAGCUCCUCAGAGUCCUCCCCCGCUAGUGUCGUCCUGAGGCUCCUAGACCAACCAGACAGAAGAACAGGCCGUACGUUUUCCCGGUCUGUGCAGCUCAAGCGCCAGGGCGGGACAACUUUCUUUUCCCGACACAGACCCAGUCGGGUCGGUACUUACCACCUCCCAGGCGGCUAGGAGCGCAUUCCUGCCACUAGGCGGCACUUAGAGUUUUCAAAUAAAAACAUGGUUCCU